AUGCUGUUAAUCUUGGAUAGGCGCAACCCCAUGAGAUGGACUACGGUCUCCGUCGCUCGCGGGGCUUCUUCUCAAGACCGCUGCAACAAACUCGACGAUAUGGGCCGUGAAACACCAUCUGAGGGCCGUGGUUGUGAGUUAACAACGACGAUUCACUGCUGUGCGGGUUUAGAAUGCAACACACCAAAUACUCCCUUCAUGUCGGCACAGCCCAGCUUCUUGAUGAGAGGCCAGUUGCUCCACAUCAUUGACAAGCCGGGGAUACCGCUUCCUACUUUGCGCGAGCUGGGACUAGACAAGUUUCUGAUCAAGGCCGAAAAUCGCGGUUCGCAGCAAGACGUGGAAGAGAAUGAGAGCCCAGCUAUGAUCCAUUCGG